GAACUAGUUUAAUUAUCAAUGCACGAGCUACGUUGACAAAAUCAUUGAAAAUAAUUUCAUCAAUAAUUCACAUCCUUACGCAGGUAGAUACAAAACAUGGGCUCUGUAUAAAGACUUAACCUGUGUGGAAAUGUUAUAAUUGGAUUUCUUGGUUGAUCCUAGCUGGCUGUGUCUCUUUUCUAUGUUUUCCACCUAUUGACUGUACUAUGAAAAGUGUUAUGUUCAUACUUUUUGUCACGAGCUUGGCAGUCGAAGAAUCCUCUGCGAUAAUAGAACGAGAUGACUUUUUCAAGUCAGGGAAGUUUGUCCACCACACGAAUUCGUAUUUGAACGUUGAACCGAUUGUGAAAAGCUCGGAGUUGGACUCUCUCUCAUGCAUGUGGAAGUGUUUGGAAACGCAUUCUUGUUUUUCUAUCAAUAUGGCCUCCGUUCCAGAUUCCAAUUCCAAGUACUUGUGCGAGCUACUUGCCACCGAUAAGUACACCUCCUCGGAAAAGUUUCAAGUCAAUGGCACCAUGCAGCACUUCAGCAUAGAGAGCCCCUGUGACGACUGUCUGAAUGGCGCAAAAUGCCAGGCUAACUAUGAGAAAAACACCGGUGUGUGCAAUUGCAAGCGUGGAUACGUCGGAAAAAAUUGCGAAAAAGGUUGUGUAUUCCCUCUUGGAAUGGAAACCAAAAGCAUCGCGGACUCUCAGAUAACGGCCUCGUCGUUUGUACACAUCCAUUGGUCACCCAAAGACGGACGCAUACGCAAUCCAUACAACGCAGGCGUUACGUAUGGGUGUUGGCGACCGGCAACCGCACAAGUCGACGAGUACUUACAGGUGGAUUUACUGGCGGUAAAGAACAUCAACAAAGUCGCCACUCAAGGCCAGCCCUAUCAACCGUACCAUCUCGACCACACCCACUGGGUGACGCGUUAUGCACUCAGCUACAGCCUGGACGGUGUCACUUGGACGACCUACCCGGAGGAAUUAUCUGGUAAUACCGACCGUGACACGGUGGUGUCACACACACUUCCGGUCACCAUACUGACCAGGUACAUCCGGUUCUUGGUGAAGGCCUGGAAUGUCCUCCCUGCGAUGAGAGUCGAGCUCUACGGGUGCGAAGCUUGCCUGUCUCCUCUUGGAAUGGAAACCAAAAGCAUCGCGGACUCUCAGAUAACGGCCUCAUCGUUUGUAGACUUCACUUGGUCACCCAAAGACGGCCGCAUACGCAAUUCAUACAACGCAGGCGUUACGUGGGGGUGUUGGCGACCGGCAACCGCACAAGCCGGCGAGUACUUACAGGUGGAUUUACUCGCGGUGAAGAACAUCAACAAAGUCGCAACACAAGGCCAGCCUUAUACCUCGGACCAACCCAACCUGACCCACUGGGUGACGCGUUAUGUACUCAGCUACAGCCUGGACGGUAUCACGUGGACGACCUACCCGGAGGAAUUAUCUGGUAAUACCGACCGUGACACGGUGGUGUCACACACACUUCCGGUCACAAUACAGACCAGGUACAUCCGGUUCGUGGUGAAGGAGUGGAAUGUCCUCCCUGCGAUAAGAGUCGAGCUCUACGGAUGCGAAGCUUGCCUGUCUCCUCUUGGAAUGGAAACCAAAAGCAUCGCGGACUCUCAGAUAACGGCCUCGUCGUUUGUAGACAUCUAUUGGUCACCCAAAGACGCACGCAUGCGCAAUCCAUACAACUCAGGCGUUACGUUUGGGUGUUGGCAACCAGCAAAUGCACAAGCCGGCGAAUACUUACAGGUGGAUUUACUCGCGGUGAAGAACAUCAACAAAGUCGCCACACAAGGCAAGCCUUAUUCAUCGUACUAUCUCGUCGACCACUGGGUGACGCGUUACGCACUCAGCUACAGCCUGGACGGUAUCACGUGGACAACCUACCCGCAUGAAUUUUCUGGUAAUUCUGACGAUGACACGGUGGUGUCACACACACUUCCGGUCACCAUACAGACCAGGUACAUCCGGUUCGUGGUGAAGGAGUGGAAUGUCCUCCCUGCGAUGAGAGUCGAGCUCUACGGAUGCGACGCCUAACUGAGAUAGUUGAUUACUAAAAGUCUAACAAAAUUCGUACAAACACACGUUCCCUGAUUAUUCAUUGAAUAAUUAUUUUGGGCCUUUCUAGAUUGUAAAAAUGCACAACAUUGUAUGAAAGUGGCUAGCAACAAACUUUUCGUACGAUGCGAUACAAUAGUAUCCAAAUUUGCAAACGCACGUUUAACGGUUUUGCUGUAGUGACUAAAGGGUUCGAUCCCCAAUGUUUCCAUGAGAUGAUCUCUUUUUUUUUUUCUACUUUUUGAAGCUGCUGAACUUGGUGUGUCAUCACGUAGAAAAGUGUACCCGUAGCAUCUUUGUUUGUUCGGUUUGCUAAUAUUUUAUGCAUACAAGAAAAUAAAUAGGAAAAUAAAUUUGCAUUAAUUAGUUACCUGACAGAGUCUUUGGUUGGUUACAUCCGCAGUCACAUUCUCGAUAUUUCUUAAAGCCGCAUUGUCACCAGUUUACUUCCGGAGGUCCGACGGAAACCUCAACCGUUAAAAGAUAAAAGAAUCUAUUCGAAUCCGAAAUAUUCAACAGGCCAUCCGCUCUAAAUUAGCAUUC